CACUUCUCGUUCCCAGAUUUAUGAAUAUUAGCUUUUCUGUAACAGGUUCUCCUGAGUUUCUCGUUGAGUCCAAUUAGUCAUUUUUGGAUUAUUACAGUAAGACGACCGAUUACCAAAGAAUCUGCAAAUCUGUUCAAAGGGUGUGGGGUGUCUGAUUUUCCCAUCUCGUACUAUUUUAUCGGCUGGAUAUUUAUAUGGAGGAGCCAGUAUCUGACACCACGACUUUGACAAACAUGAACUUGGAUUCUGGACCGGCACAGACGUGCGCUACCAGUACGUACAAUUACAGCAUGGGCCGGUUUUUCCAGCGGCCUAGCGCCUUUGAUUGCAUGCAGGGGACGCCGUCGGCCCCGGCGGGUUCUGUAGGGAUGGGGGCGGCCCCGUAUUCCUACCCUCCUUACCACAGCGACUGGGGACUCAUGCAUGGACAUUAUUCUCAUGGAUUUAAUCUAAACAGACCCUUAGGAUUAAACAAUUUAGGUUCAAAUUCUGGAUUUUUUAAUAAUUUAAACAAUUUUCCUGUGCCUAAUAACGUGACUUCUAGGGACUAUGGUUCCAGUUUCCCAGGAAUCGGCAGUUCGACGUCAGCCUUCUCCAGCGCAGGGCUCGGGAGCGGCUCCCACGGAGCGGCUCCUGGAUCGAUGGGUGGUCUCUGCAGCCCAGAAGGAUACCGGGGCCAAUGCGCCUCCCCCGACAGCCAGAGUAACUCUUCAGCCGGAAGUGCGUCUCCUUGCCUUACCGCCAUGGAACCUGUGGACAAAAUGGACAGCAAACAUGAAGACGGCACUGAUCCGUUCAAACUAGACCUAUCAGUGAAGCCCAGGAAGGAGCGGACAGCGUUCACGAAGCACCAGAUCCGGGAACUCGAGAAGGAGUUCAACCUCCACAACUACCUCACGCGCCUGCGCAGAUACGAGAUCGCCGUCGCCCUUGACCUAACCGAGAGACAGGUGAAGGUCUGGUUCCAGAACCGGCGCAUGAAGUGGAAGCGCGUGAAGGGGACCAAGCUGGCCAAGGAUAAGGUGGACGGCAACGUUAAACCGAUCAUGGCACCGAACGUCUCCUCCACGGAUACCAUAGACGAAAUGCACCACGGCGUCUUACCAGACACCGGACACACCUGACGCCAGGCGUCUUCGUUUCUUACUACGUCAUAUACCUAGUCAAAUGAUCUUACGUUGCCGUCUUAUACUGGUGAUACAUCAUGUAUUAUGCGUUGUGGAAUUACAAAUGGCAAUAAAAGUCGGGUGUCGUUACAAAGGAGCUAUGUGCAUAAUAAUGUCAAUAACACAUUGUGCAUUUAACUUCAAGAUUUAAUGUAUGUUACAUUACCGUAUGAAACGUGGUUGUGACGUCAUUAACCACCUGACUGAAUGGUGACUUCAAACUCCCUAACCACUUAACGUCAGCUAUAUAGCAUGUGAUUAAUUAUGUCAGUUCAGUGACGUAAGUGGCCAUAUUGUUGAUGAAGUCCGAUUCUGUAAUAUGGUGCAGAAAAUGUGUACUACAUGUGGAUUUUCGCAAUUCUAUCAAAUGACGAUGGCAACGCACUGGAUAAAACUGUUACAGAAAAGCAAUGCAGACGAGAAGGGAUCUUGUUUCUUAUAUAAAUGAAAUUGAGACAUUUUACGUGAAAAAAUAGCCGUGAUUUUUUUAAUGACAAAUGCUUAGCUGUGUGGUUUGCGGACAGUUAGGAAAGUAUGUAAGCUGUAGUCCUAGCAGCAUUCACUUAGAAAAAACUCUCGUUGCCGCAUCUUAAACAGAGCAAGCCCAAUACGCAUUCAAACUUUACGAGAAAAAAUAAUUUAUCGCUUGUCUAGUAAAAGUAAUUAUCUUUGCAUACAAUCUCUUAGAAGUUGUCAUUAUGCUCAGACAUUGUAUUUAUUUUAUUGUUUACAGUAUUACUCGAAGAAUUUUGCUAUCUUUGUUAUGUUUUAAAUAGUUGAAUAAAUAUGGCAAA